UCACAUUCUUUGUCUCUCUCAUUCUACAGUCGCUUUCUGAAAAGAACCUAUACAUACAGAUCGAUACAAAUAUAGUGUACGCAGCAAUCCAGUCGGAAGACACAUACUCGAGUGUUGAAGAUCGGGUUCUCGAUUGCUUCUCUACUCUUUCUCUCCUCUCUUGGCUCGAGAUCCGAGCCAAGAAAAGAGGAACUUUUUGCAAUCCACACAGGGUUUGGUUAGGGUGCGGAAUGGCGAGCAGCGAGGGGUUUCUGACGGAGGAGCAGAAGGAGAUGCUGAAUAUAGCGGUCCAGAAUGCGGAGGUGAUGUCGUCGCUGUCGUUAUCUACAUCACCGAAAUCUCUCGGUCCAAAGUCUCCCACUCAGACUUCUUCUCUGCCGUCGGAACACCAUCACGUGAAGGCCCCGGGAGGGGGGAAGUCGGCCACUGCUGGUGGCCUUGCGGUUAGGCAUGUGCGGCGGACGCACUCUGGGAAAUACAUUAGAGUUAAGAAGGAUGGCGCUGGUGGUAAGGGCACCUGGGGAAAACUACUAGAUACUUUUGGUGAGUCUCGUAUUGACCGGAAUGAUCCCAACUACGACAGUGGCGAGGAGCCAUAUGAGCUUGUUGGAUCUACUGUCUCUGAUCCGUUGGAUGAAUACAAGAGAGCUGUGGUUUCCGUUAUUGAGGAAUACUUCAACACCAGUGAUGUGGAAGUUGCUGCUUCUGAUCUCAAAGAACUAGGGUCAACUGAGUAUCAUCCUUACUUUAUUAAGCGGCUUGUUUCUAUGGCCAUGGACAGACAUGACAAAGAGAAGGAAAUGGCUUCCGUUUUGCUCUCAGCUCUUUAUGCUGAAGUCAUCAAUUCGACCCAGAUAAGUCAGGGGUUUUUUAUGCUUCUUGAAUCUGCUGAUGACCUGGCUGUGGAUAUUGUGGAUACUGUUGAUAUCCUUGCUUUGUUCAUUGCUCGGGCAGUGGUUGAUGAUAUUCUGCCACCAUCCUUCAUUACAAAGGCCCGAAAAAUUAUUCCUGAAGCUUCAAAGGGAUUUGAGGUAUUGCGAACUGCUGAGAAAAGCUAUCUGUCGGCACCACAUCAUGCAGAACUUGUGGAGAGGCGGUGGGGUGGCUGUACGCAUCUUACCGUUGAUGAAGUGAAGAAGAAGAUUGCAGAUCUUUUAAGGGAGUAUGUUGCAAGUGGAGAUACUUCUGAGGCUAGCAGGUGUAUUAGGCAAUUGAGUGUUCCAUUUUUUCAUCAUGAAGUUGUGAAGAGAGCCUUGGUUCUUACUAUGGAGAUUCAUACAGCAGAACCACUCAUUAUGAAGUUACUAAAGCAGGCAGCAGAGGAGGGUCUGAUAAGUUCGAGUCAGAUGACGAAGGGGUUUGUCCGGUUAGCUGAGAGCCUUGAUGACCUUGCUCUUGAUAUUCCUUUGGCCAAAACCUUGUUCCAGUCCCUUGUUUCCCAGGCAAUUUCAAAAGGAUGGCUUGAUGCAUCUUUUCUAAAAUCUCCAGGCGAGAAUGGGGAUGAACCACACAAGAAUGAUGAAAAGUUAGGGUGCUACAAAGAAGAGGCUGUGACAAUUAUUCAUGAGUAUUUCUUCUCGGAUGAUAUUCCUGAACUGAUUCAGAGUCUGGAAGAUCUUGGGCUUCCUGAAUAUAAUCCAAUUUUUCUAAAGAAACUUAUAACUCUAGCCAUGGACAGGAAAAACAGAGAAAAGGAGAUGGCAUCUGUUUUACUCUCUGCCCUUCAUAUCGAGAUCUUCUCAACUGAAGACAUAGUCAAUGGGUUUGUUAUGCUUUUGGAAUCUGCUGAGGAUACUGCACUUGACAUUUUAGAUGCUUCAAAUGAACUCGCGUAUUUUCUGGCAAGGGCUGUUAUAGACGAUGUCCUUGCCCCUCUGAAUUUGGACGAGAUUGCCAAUAGGUUGACACCAAAUUGCAGCGGAAGUGAAACUGUUUGUAUGGCUCGAUCAUUGAUAGCAGCUCGUCAUGCUGGGGAGAGGAUCCUGAGGUGUUGGGGUGGUGGGACUGGCUGGGCUGUGGAGGAUGCAAAGGACAAGGUACAGAAGCUUCUGGAAGAAUAUGAAAGUGGGGGCGUCGUUAGUGAAGCUUGCCAAUGUAUUCGAGAUCUUAGUAUGCCUUUCUUCAACCAUGAGGUGGUGAAGAAAGCUUUGGUGAUGGCGAUGGAGAAGAAAAAUGACAAGAUGCUCCAUUUGCUUCAGGAGUGCUUCAGUGAGGGGCUGAUAACUAUCAAUCAAAUGACCAAAGGUUUCAGUAGGAUCAAGGAUGGGCUCGAGGAUCUGGCUCUUGACAUUCCGAAUGCUAAGGAUAAAUUCGAAUUUUACGUGCAGCAUGCCAGAGAAAGGGGCUGGCUCUUAUCGUCAUUUGGUUAGACAGCUUCACAUGCUACACCAAGUGUGAUUACAUCUUGAGAAUAAGCAUGAAUAGUUUCUCUCUCUCUAUGUUGUUGCUUAAAGUCCUGAGUAACUUAUCGCUGUGCAUCAGAAGUUGAUAGGUUUGUUGUUUUUAUUCCCAUCUGGUAUGCUCGUUCUUUCCUACUUUCUUCUCUUCGUUGUCUGAAGAAGAUUGCGAUGUAUAAAGUUAGGGUUUUUGGUUUGUUUUUCAAUAGCAUUAGAUAUGCCCUUCUUUUAACCGGUUUAGAAAACAUAGCACGGGGAUCAUGUUUCCAAUACCUCUGCUUAAAAGAAAAAUUCCUUCCGAGGAACUUUAAGCCAGGCCAAACGUGUUCUUUUGAUUUUAUUUCGGUUACUUUGUGUAUGGGGAGUGUGCAAGAAUUAGUCCAUGCUUUCUGUGGGAAUUGAGGUAUGAAAGCUGUGUUCUAGCCUUCCAUUUCAUGCUCCCUAUUAUGAAGGAUUGAUGGGUGAAAAAGUUGUUACGAAUCUCCAAUACAAGUUGCUGCAAAAAUCAGCAUACGUUGAAGAGUUCAGUUCUAAGAGACCACUAAUACACUGCUUAAAGUUCUUGUAGUGGGGUCUAGCAGGCCAUGUCGGAUAGACCAGAACCCCUCAAGAGGGCCCAUAUCACCCUAUUGGCCUGACUUGUGUAGCUUAAGGUAAGGCUGACAAUGAGUGAAGUUGGACCAGACCUUUUGAAAGCCAGGCCCGAUUCAGCGUAUGCACAAGAACCUGCCAGUAGGAUUUGUGCCCUUCAUGGGCCAGUGGCCCCGUCUCCUAUAAAAUCCAGAUUUUAGAGUGGGGCAGAACGAGCCUAAUGGUAAAUGUGCAUUUAUGCUUCUAGUUCUAUGUAUUUACACUUGAAGGAUUUUGUUAGUGGGAAAUGUAGCUUGGACAGUCAAAAGGCAUAUAGAGAACAUUUUAAACCGCUCCAGACCACCAGUGUAUGAAAAUGGAAUAAGGUUUCUGCUUUGAA